GUUCAAGUUGGGAAGAGUGGUGAAAGAUUUUCAUGAACUAUCGGCGAUGUCGGACAGUGAUGACGAGCAGAAGGUCAGCCUGUUGGCUGCAACAGACCAUGACCCCUUGACGCGCAUGGCACGGGAGCAAGAGAAGGAGAAGGAUGAGGGGAAGCAGCAAGAGCAGAAGCAAGACGAGACAGGGCGGGGAGAGAGCAGUGCGAUGAAGCAGUCCGAGACAGCACAGGGAAACACAAACAAUGGGGCACGCAACGGUCGCAAUGGUCGCAAGCACAAAAAGAACAAGCACAAGAAGAACAAGACGAAGCACAAUGGGGACCUGAGAGUGCGACUCACAGAAGAUGACAGCGACACCACCCCCGAGCCACCUCCUCCGUUGUGGCGACUUUAUACGUCACACGCAAUGACUGCAUGGACCAUGCGCAUGUGGGAGUUUGCUGUGGCACUGAUGCUCAUCUCCAUGAAGCCUGAUUCACUGAUUCUUCCGAGUGUUUACACGUUUGCGCUCAGUGUCUCCGUCAUGACCAUCAACCCAGCCAUGGGGAACUUGGUUGACACGCGAACACGCCUACCGACUGCGCGCUGGAGCCUCAUCCUCACCAAAGUGCCUUUCGCCAUCUCAGCCUUCUUCGUCUAUUUGGUCCUUGCGGGCCAUAUUGCUGAAGAGCGCAACGCUGGUGGAUUUUGGGCGACGAUAGCGCUGAUUAUUCUCCUAACCACGUGUGGGCACAUCGCAUACAACUGCAACAAGCUCAGCGUCGAAAAGGACUGGGUCAAGGCCAUUUGCCGCACAGAUGACAAGUUCCUUGCGCGGGCGAACGCGAUGCUGCGUCGCAUCGACCUCACCUGCAAACUCCUCUCGCCAAUGGUUCGGACACACACAUACACACACACACAUACACAUACACACGCGCACACACACACACACAUCUUGCCUCACUUCUUCGCCUCCUUCCCUGUUCUCGCCACCAAACGCGCGAGCGAAAAUGCACCACCUCUCGAUUUCCUGCAAACAUUUCGCGCGCUCAACACCGGAUGGAAGAAGUACACGCACCGCCGCGUGUUCCGGCCCGGCGUUGGUCUCGCCCUUCUCUACAGCACGGUCCUCAGCAUGGGGUCGAUCCAGGUUGCGUACUGCUUCUACCGCGGCAUGAGCGAGGCCACGCUUGGUGUCCUGCGAGGCAUUGGCGCUGUCUUUGGCAUCACAGCAACGUUCCUCUUCCCGCGUAUGCACUCAUCCUUUGGGCUCGUCCGAUCAGGCCUCUUCAGCAUUUGGGGACUGGUUGCCUCGUUGGUGCUCUGUCUUGUCGCCGUCGUCAUCGCCCGCCCUGAAGAGGCCGACUGCACCGACAUUCAAGGUGUCAUCACUGCCCGUAUGGGUCUGUGGCUGUACGAUCUCACUGUCACACAGCUCUUCCAAGAAUGGGUGGACGAUGCUGAGCUCGGCGCCAUCAACGGGGUGCAGGUGUCCCUUCAGAUGUUCUUCUCCCUCAUUCCACCAAUCGCGGGCAUCAUCUUCUCCUCCCCAACAGACUUUGACAUCCUGGCCAUUGGCUCGUUUGGUUUCGUGUCGGCGGCAGCGCUCGUGUACACGUCGUUCUACGUUGUUGUUCGCGACGGCAACCAGCUCGAUGGGCCGCCGCCGCCGCACGUCAUAAUGAUCACAUCAUCAUCGCCCGCGCCCGAUGGCGAUGAUGGUGAUCAUGAUGGUGGUGACGGUGGAGGGAGUGGAAGCGUUCAGAAGAAGCAGCAGACACAUGAGCUGUUCACGUUUGAUGAUGAUGAUGAUGAUGAUGACGACGACGACGACGAAGAUGUUGAGAUGUUGAAGUGACGAUCAUGAUGAUCAUGAACGUGGGCACUGAUGGUGCUGAUCAUGUGUAAUUUGUAACUCAGGUGAACACCAUUAGAAAGAAACAGCAUCGA